GGCUGGGCCGCGUGCACUCGGCAGAAGGGGGCGGGUUUCCCUGCGGGCCCGAGUCGCCGCGGGGCGCCGCCGGCUAAGUGCGCGCCACCGACCCCACAGCCCGUGAGUGGCGCUGCCAGGAGGCUGUGCUCUGCGAGCGAGCGAGCGAGCGACGAUGCACCCCGGUGACAGUGCCCUAAGCCUCGGCCCGGCCUCGGGGCAGCUGCACUGAGCCCUGCGCGCGGGGCACGGCCCUCCGCGCUUCCCCGCGAUCCCCGGCGUUCGCAGUGUUCCCCACGCCCGCCGCUGCCGCGGCCGCCGCGCCUGGGCCAUGGGGCUGCCCACUCUGGAGUUCAGCGACUCGUACUUGGACAGCCCGGAUUUCAGGGAGAGACUUCAGUGUCACGAGAUCGAGUUGGAGAGAACCAACAAGUUCAUCAAAGAGCUGCUGAAGGAUGGCUCUCUGCUCAUCGGGGCGCUGAGGAAUCUAUCCAUGGCUGUACAGAAGUUUUCCCAGUCUCUGCAAGACUUCCAGUUUGAAUGUAUUGGAGAUGCUGAAACUGAUGAUGAAAUCAGUAUUGCUCAAUCGCUGAAAGAAUUCGCGAGGCUGCUUAUUGCCGUAGAAGAAGAAAGGCGUAGGCUGAUUCAAAAUGCUAAUGAUGUAUUAAUUGCACCUCUUGAGAAAUUUCGAAAAGAACAGAUCGGCGCAGCUAAAGAUGGAAAGAAGAAGUUUGACAAGGAGAGUGAAAAAUACUAUUCUAUUCUGGAAAAGCAUUUAAAUUUGUCAGCAAAGAAAAAGGAGUCUCAUUUGCAAGAGGCAGAUUCACAGAUUGGCCGAGAACAUCAGAACUUCUAUGAAGCUUCAUUAGAAUAUGUCUUUAAAAUCCAAGAGGUCCAAGAGAAGAAGAAGUUUGAGUUUGUGGAACCACUUUUGUCCUUCCUUCAGGGUUUAUUUACAUUUUACCACGAGGGAUAUGAACUUGCCCAGGAAUUUGCACCGUAUAAGCAACAGCUGCAGUUCAACUUGCAGAAUACAAGGAAUAAUUUUGAAAGUACUCGACAAGAGGUAGAGAGACUGAUGCAGAGGAUGAAAUCUGCUAACCAGGACUACAGACCACCCAGCCAGUGGACCAUGGAGGGCUACCUUUAUGUCCAGGAGAAACGACCCUUGGGUUUCACGUGGAUUAAGCACUACUGCACUUACGACAAAGGGAGCAAAAUGUUCACAAUGAGCGUCUCGGAAGUGAAAGCCAGUGGGAAGAUGAAUGGCCUCGUUACUGGCUCACCUGAAAUGUUUAAAUUAAAGUCAUGUAUCCGACGAAAGACGGACUCAAUUGACAAACGCUUCUGCUUUGACAUAGAAGUGGUUGAAAGGCAUGGCAUCAUUACGCUGCAGGCAUUCUCUGAAGCUAACCGGAAGCUCUGGCUGGAGGCCAUGGAUGGAAAAGAACCGAUUUAUACGCUGCCUGCCAUAAUUAGCAAGAAAGAAGAAAUGUACUUAAAUGAAGCUGGGUUCAACUUCGUGAGAAAAUGCAUUCAAGCUGUGGAAACAAGAGGUAUCACCAUUUUAGGCCUGUACCGAAUAGGAGGUGUGAACUCCAAGGUCCAGAAACUUAUGAACACCACAUUUUCUCCCAAGUCCCCUCCUGAUAUGGACAUUGAUAUUGAACUAUGGGACAAUAAGACUAUAACUAGUGGGCUGAAAAACUACCUCAGGUGCCUUGCAGAGCCCCUGAUGACUUACAGAUUGCACAAGGAUUUCAUUAUUGCUGUCAAGUCAGAUGACCAAAACUACAGGGUGGAGGCCGUCCAUGCACUGGUGCACAAAUUGCCGGAGAAAAACAGAGAGAUGCUGGACAUCUUGAUAAAACACUUGCUCAAAGUAUCAUUACACAGCCAACAAAAUCUCAUGACCAUCUCGAAUCUUGGCGUUAUAUUUGGCCCAACCCUGAUGAGAGCACAGGAGGAAACUGUGGCCGCCAUGAUGAACAUCAAGUUUCAGAACAUAGUGGUUGAAAUCCUGAUCGAACACUAUGAAAAGAUUUUUCAUACUGCUCCAGACCCAAACAUUCCUCUUCCUCAGCCUCAGUCUCGGUCUGGAUCCCGGAGGACUCGUGCCAUCUGUCUGUCCACAGGCUCUCGGAAGCCCAGAGGGAGGUACACACCUUGCCUGGCAGAGCCUGAUAGUGAUUCCUACAGCAGCAGCCCAGACAGCACACCCAUGGGCAGUAUAGAGUCUCUCUCCUCCCAUUCUUCUGAACAAAACAGCACCAUGAAGUCGACGUCCUGCCAGCUCAGGGAGAAGUCGGGUGGUAUUCCCUGGAUCGCGUCCCCAUCAUCUUCCAAUGGACAGAAAAGUCUGGGUCUCUGGACAACUAGUCCAGAGUCAAGUUCUCGAGAAGAUGCAACCAAAACAGAUGUGGAGUCAGAUUGCCAGAGUGUGGCCUCCGUCACCAGCCCAGGGGAUGUCUCUCCCCCCAUAGACCUUGUCAAGAAAGGACCCUAUGGGCUCUCAGGACUGAAGAGAGCCUCUGCUUCCUCUCUCAGAUCCAUCUCUGCAGCUGAAGGAAACAAGAGCUACAGUGGAUCCAUUCAAAGCUUAACUUCUGUAGGUUCCAAAGAAUCACCCAAAGCCACACUAAACCCAGAGCUGCCUCCGAAAAUGUGCAGGAGGCUAAGGCUAGACACUGCCUCCAGCAAUGGCUACCAGCGACCGGGCUCAGUAGUGGCAGCAAAAGCUCAACUAUUUGAAAAUGCUGGGUCACUCAAGCCAGUUUCUUUGGGACGCCAAGCCAAAGCCAUGUACUCCUGCAAAGCAGAACAUAGCCAUGAGCUGUCCUUCCCCCAGGGGGCGAUCUUUUCCAAUGUACACCCAUCAGUGGAGCCAGGGUGGCUGAAGGCGACCUAUGAAGGCAGAACAGGACUAGUCCCUGAGAACUAUGUUGUCUUCCUCUGAUAGUAUUAGUGGAUGGCAGUAUCUUCAUGGUAUCCAUGGUAACACAUGAUAAGUGCUAUGUUUUUAUCUGACACAGAUAUGGGGACCAGCCACUAAUGAAAACUAUCUGUUUGUCUCAAGUUCUUCACCAGCAGACUAUGUAGCUCCCACUGAUGGAAAGAGAACCACAAAUAUUUACAUCAUAGCCAUUCCUUUUGGCUGUUUUCUUACUUUUAAAACAAUCUUGCUUUUUUAUUUUUUGACAAGAAGUGAUUUUGACAGUGUCUGUUCUCUAGAGCUGCAGAAUCCCAGAUACUGAGCUCAGUUCUGCACACCGCAGAUUUGGAAGUCAGAAAUCUGCGGUACCCAUGCUGAUGUCUGUUGUUCUGCAUUGCCUGGUAGUUUCUGGAGAACCUGGAAAUCAUUUAAAAGUGUAAUUUAAAUUGUUCACUUAUUAUUUUUGUUUCUUAAAAUAUACUGUUUUUAUGUGUGGUUGUUUUGCUGGUCCUAAACAUUUCAAGAAAAUCAGUUGUUGUUUUAUCAUAACUUUAUUUUUGUUUGUUUUCUAAGAUGUUAGUAUUUGAAAGCAAUAAUGUAUAUGAAGUCUAUAAAGAAAGCUGAGUUAAGUCAAACACUGAUUCCACCAUAAGCAAUCCACCCAGAAUGCUAGAUGGCUUCUGUGGGUUCUGAGCAAAAAUCUACCAAGUAUGUCUGUAAAGCCUGGGAUUAAAUAGUUUUGUAGCAGGCUAGAUUUGACUUGUGAACCACAGGUGAACAACUCCUCCUUUAGAAGUCAUGGAAACCUGUCUUGGGACUUUUACAAAAUUUCCCAUUAAAACACACAGGCUAUUAAAUCCCAUGUGCACAUCUUCUGCUCCCUAAGCAGGAUUGUGACAGUGCAGGGAGAACCAUGGGCCAACUGUGAAGGUACAGUGUGGCGUACAACUUGUAAUGCUGCAGUGUGGUGUACAACUGUCACCUGCAAUGCUAAGUGUGGCAUACCGCCGUCACCUGCAAUGCUGCAGUCUUCAUGUAUUUUAAUGAUGGGGAAGUUUUGGCCUCUGAGAUGGUCUUAUACAAAUGAUAAGGACGUUGUUUGGAAAUUUGAAUUGGGAAGCUGUGCCUUCUAAACCUUGUUUAGUUGAAACAGAAAACAAACACCGAAGUACUAGAUUCUUAGGCCACAGAGUUCAAAUUUUUUAAGAUUUAUUUAUUUAUAUGAAUAUCUUGUUCACAUGUAUGUAUGUAGUAUAUAUUUCUUUUACCCAUGAUGAUCAGAAAAGGGAGUCAGAGAGCUUUGAACUGGAGUUACAAAUGGUUCUGAGUUACUACGUGGGUGCUGGGAC